UCUCUCUCUCUCUCUCUCUAUAUAUAUAUAUAUAUAUAUGUCAAAUUCGUAUUGAACAAUGUUUUCAAAGUCCUAAUAAAGCUGUCUCCAACACUGCAAUUCCAAAAGCUCUAAUCCCCAAAAAAUAACUAACAGAACCAUGUCUUCAUUUUUCAGUUAUAAAUCCAUUCCCUUCUUCUUCCUCCUCUUUCUCUUCCUUUCCCUCCCCCCUCGCUUUCCAGCCAGAACCUUACCAGAAUUAACUGUUGUCGACUCCCGAAACAACAACACGUGGCGCCACUUCGUCAAGUUCCUUGAUGCCGGGAAGGGAAGCCACGUCACCGGCAUGUCAGAGCUGAAAAAGUACUUCCAGCGUUUCGGAUACCUCGACACGGUACCCGAAACUAGCCUGACCGAUACGUUUGACGACCGUUUCGAGUCAGCGGUCAUCACGUAUCAGAAAAACCUCGGCCUAGCCGUCACGGGAAAACUCGAUACCGACACAGUUACUCAAAUCAUCUCCCCGAGGUGCGGCGUCAGCGAUGACGCCGCCCCAGCCCCACACAAGUUACACGUGUCGCGUCACUAUGCGUACUUCCACGGGCAACCAAGGUGGGCCCGUUCGUCACCGAUGACAUUAACGUACGCUUUUUCGCCGGUAAAUAUAAUCCAUUACGUAUCCCAAUCCGAUUUGAAAGCGGUUUUUGAGCGGGCUUUUUCGCGGUGGUCGGCGGUGAUUCCUGUAAACUUCACCGAGGCCAAUAAUUAUUGGGCUGCCGAUAUCAAAAUUGGGUUUUAUCAUGGCGAUCACGGCGACGGAGAGGCCUUCGACGGCGUUUUGGGUAUACUAGCCCAUGCUUUCUCGCCGGAAAAUGGGAGGUUUCAUUUGGAUGCGGCGGAGACUUGGGCCGUUGAUUUUGGUUCAGAGAAAUCAAAAGUGGCCGUUGAUUUGGAAUCUGUGGUGACCCAUGAGAUUGGGCAUAUACUUGGGCUGGCCCAUUCUUCCGUUAAGCAAGCGGUCAUGUACCCAAGCUUGAGCCCACGGACCAAGAAAGUGGACCUCAGGCUUGAUGACGUGGAAGGGGUCCAGUCUUUGUAUGGGUCGAACCCGAAUUUCAAGUUCAGCUCUUUGUUGGCUUCUGAUACUUCUGUGAGUUGGGCCGUUAGAUUGGAUAUAAGGCUGUCUAUGUGGGCUUGGGUCAUGGUAGCUUUUUUAACAUUGAGUUUGUGUUUAUGACCCCCUUAUUUUUUUUGUUGGUCUCUCAUACUUUGUCACACUUUUUAAUUUGUACAUGAUAUUCACAAGAAUUCAAGAAUUUCUCUCAAUUUGCAAUUUCUUCAUAAUUCGAUUUUUUCUCUUUCCUGGUUUUGGAGUAGUUGUUAGAAGUGAAACUGUUGUAUGAUUUUUAAGAUGAAAAAAGUUACCUACUUAAAAAAUUACCUUAAAAAUUGUUGAGAAAAUGAAAUGUAAAGUGUAAGUUAUAAUCAUAAUGAAUUUGGUAUCUUAUUUUCUGAA